AUGCUUUACGAAGCGCUCUUCUCUAUUCUUAUUGUCACAGUGUUGACUGGGCUUUUGAGCAUUGGGAGAAGAUCUUCGCGGUAUUUCCCAAAAACUUCGUUAUCUGACGGACACUUUUACAACUCCUACUACGCUGGGAUCCGAGAAGAAGUUAUCAAGCAAACUGGUUUCUCACCCAAAGAUGUCGAUUACCUCUUCCGACGGUUCGGCUCACUCGAUCGAUGCCACAAGCGAUAUUUGGACACGAUGGAUUUUCACGGGAUAAAUGGACUUUGUCACAAUGUCCUUGGCGAACAAGUCAUUGAGAUGUUCCUGCAUACAGAUACUGGGCACUGUGAUUUCAUGCGCUUUUGCAAAGUUAUCGCGACCUUCCGAAAAUCGCGAAAUCCGGAGGAAAAGAAGGAGCUGAUCAAAAAGAAAAUUGCGCUUAUUUACGAAAUGUUCGAUGUAAACAGCGAUGGUCAGAUAACACGCGACGACAUUGUCAUCUUGCUCCGGCAUAUGAUGGGCAAUAAAGUCUGCAUUUCAACCAUUAAAAGCAUCGCUCAACGAAUGAUCUACGAAGGAAACACGCGAAAGGGGAACAAAGACACGAGCGAUUUCACCUCCAUGAACAUCGAGCAAUUCACCAGUCUCCUCGACAAAGAAUACGUGUACACCCACAUGUCCAUCAAAUAA